UGUUUUCUCUCCCUGAGAGUAAGUUGGAGAGGCCUCAGGCUGGGGCUGCCUCCUGCUUGCCACCGAUCCCAACCCAGAUGGCUGCCAAGUCCUGCUCCCGGACUCCGGGUGAGAUGCCUCUGACCUUCCAGGAUGUGGCUGUGUACUUCUCCAGGGCGGAAGGGCAGCAGCUUAGCCCCCAGGAGCGGGCGCUGUACCGGGAUGUGAUGUUGGAGAACUAUGGGAACGUGGCCUCACUGGGAUUCCCAGGCCCUAAGCCAGAGCUGAUCUCCCAGCUGGAGCAAGAGGAGGAGCUGUGGGUCCUGGAUCUUCUCGGGGCUGAGGAACCAGAAGUCUUGAGAAGCUGCGGGACAGAUGUUUCUCAAUUCACCUGGGUCUGUUCUUGUCCUCCACCUUCAGUCAUUACCGUCAAAGUUGUCUUCAUUGUCCAGUGUGAGGCUGUAGCUGCAGUAACCAGGAUUGGCCACCUGGACCUGUGUACCUUAUGGGAACACGAAGCAAAUUGUGAUUUCUGCUGCCAAGGGUUUCUCUGCUCAUUUAUUUGUGCUUUGUGUUUAACAGAGUCUGAGAUCAAGCCUGAGAAGGAGCUAUCCAUUUUAAACCAGAAAUGUUCCGAAGAAGUAAAAACCCCAGAAUUAUCACAAAAGUUCCCAAGGGCUAAUUCACAGGCGUCUGAAUCCAAGGAAGCUUGUGCCCAUGAAAGUCAGGGAGAGGGGAGCCAAGGAAGCUCUGCGACUCAGGGUUUGAAGGGUGUUGCUAAAAAGGACUCCACAGUCUGUAGGGAGCACCUACCAGAGAACACCCAGGCUUCGUCUGCAUUUGACAAACACUUGAAUCCCAGCCAAAGUGGUGUUACAAUUCAAAGAAGUAAAACGGGACAGAGAAUCUUUAAAUGUGACAUAUGCAAUAAAAUGUUUAAAUAUAACUCAGACCUAAGUCGGCAUCGCAGGAGUCACACCGGGGAAAAGCCUUACGAAUGCGGUCCGUGUGGGCGGGCCUUUACUCACAGCUCAAAUCUUAUUCUUCACCAGCGAAUUCACACUGGGAAUAAACCGUUUAAGUGUGAUGAAUGUGGGAAAACGUUUGGGCUCAAUUCCUAUCUCCGUCUGCAUCAGAGAAUUCACACUGGAGAAAAGCCGUUUGGGUGUAACGAGUGUGGGAAGGCCUUCAGUAGAAGUUCAAGUCUCAUUCAGCACCGUAUAAUACACACAGGGGAGAAACCCUACAAGUGCAAUGAGUGUGGGAAAGCCUUCAGCCAGAGUCCCCAGCUAACUCAGCACCAGAGGAUCCACACGGGGGAGAAGCCCCACGGGUGCAGCUGGUGUGGAAAGGCUUUCAGUCGGAACGCAAGCCUUAUUCAGCACCAGAGGAUCCACACGGGGGAGAAGCCCCACAAAUGCACUCAGUGUGGGAAAGCCUUCAGCCAGAGCUCCAGCCUUUUCCUUCACCACAGGGUUCACACCGGAGAGAAGCCCUACGUGUGUGGAGAAUGCGGACGGGCCUUCGGCUUCAAUUCUCAUCUUACGGAGCACGUUAGGAUUCACACUGGGGAGAAGCCCUAUGUUUGCGGCGAGUGCGGCAAAGCCUUCAGCCGUAGUUCCACUCUGAUGCAGCACCGCAGAGUGCAUACCGGGGAGAAGCCCUAUCAGUGCGCGGAGUGUGGGAAGGCCUUCAUCCAGAGCUCCCAGCUCACUCUCCACCAGCGCGUUCACACUGGAGAGAAGCCUUACGAGUGCGGUCUCUGUGGGAAGGCCUUCAGCAGGAGAUCAGCCCUCACUCAGCAUCGGCGGGUUCACAUGGGCGAGAGCCCACAGGAAUUCGAGUGUGGCCCAGAUUUCGUCUAUGACUCCUCCAGCCACCUGUCCGCUGGAGAGAGACGUGGCGGGACGUUCAGCCACAGUGCGAAACUUGUUCUGCAGUGGACGAUCCGAAGUGAGGAAAAACCCCGGGGUUGUCCUGAGUGUGGGAAAACUUACAGCUCUUCCUCACAGUCCAUGGACUAUCAGAGAAUUCAGGCUGGAGAGAAACCCUAUACAUGCCAGGAAUGUGGUAGGAAAGCUGGGAGCGGGGUGUCACCCCUUACUCCACACCAUGUGACUCGUGUUGGAGAGAAGCCACAGUUGAAGGAUGGAUCUGAAAGAUACUUAAUUCAAAUCAAAAAGAUUUUCCAAGAAAGACAUUUUUAAUGUGACAGAUGUGGAAAACGGUUUAGAAACUUGGCUUUAUAUUAGGUAGGAUUCCAUAAUGAAAGGUAAACUGUUACCAACAGACUCGCGAGUUAGGAGGCUGGGGCUGUGUGGCCUACUGUGUCAUAACAGCAGGCCACCUUAGCAUCGGGUCAAGUUUAGGGUUUUAUCGUAGGGUUGAAUUCCCACAAUGAAGAGCAGUUGAUGGGAGGUGUCAAGAUGAUGACGUAUCUCUUCAUGGGCGAUAGUAAUUACCCAGAGACCUGGGGGGAUUAGGCUUGUCAUGUGUGAGAAUGUUGAUGAUGCUAAGGACAAGAUACGGCCGUGGAUGGCAAGUAUGUGGAUGGUCUGGGGACCGAGGUGGCUCUGCCCGUGGCUGGUGGGACCAAAUGUAGGUUCUCUAGGCGCAGAGGAGACGGAAGCUUUGGGGAGCAGCCACUGUGAGGCCAGGGGCAGAGGCUGCAGAGACAUCAGCACAAACCAACAGCUGUGGUGAGCAGAGCUGAGGGCCACCAGUGACAAGGACAGCUACUAAGAGUAAAACUCUGGCUGGAGAUUGUCCUGCUGGCUGUAAUUUAAAGAUCUUCUGGUCCUCGCUGAAUUAACCAUGUGCAGUGAACAAAUCUUGUGAUUUCCGUUCUCUUCCGCCUACACAGCCUGACUGCUGCCCGCUCCCAGGUAACCUCAUUACCAGACUUCCUUUUUUCACAAAGUGCUAUCCUUGUUUUGUUUUUAAACCUUUUGCGAGGCACUUGAGUGACAGAGACAGGUGGAUGGAUCUCUGUGAGUUUGAGGUCCCAGACCAACCAGGGCUACGAGACCCUGUCUCAAAAAAAAAAAAAAAAAAAAAAAAAAAAAGUUUUGAAAAGUAUUUUAGAUUUCACUUUUUGUUUUUAUUGUACUCCUUUUUUGUUUUGUUUUUGUUUUUUGUUACUGUUUCAGUUUUGAUGGGGGGCAUGGGUGCCUGUAUUCCCCCUUUCACCAUCUACUGAGGUUAUCCUGUGAGGUCGAUGCCUCCACUCUAAGAGCAAAUGGAUUCAGAAUCUACCAUUUUUCCCUUAGGAAGCUGAGCAAGCUGUGUUUUUUCUCCAACGCCACGUAACAUUUCUCAGUAAAGCAUGGUUGGAUGGACACUAGGCUGCCGGAAUCCAGCCUGCAUACCCACCAUGCCGUGUGCCCCAGGGUCAGUGCAGACACCGAGAGGUUCUUGAUGGUGUUAAUUUAUAUUGUACUUUUUUACCGCAGGAUGUACGAAUAAGCCAUCAAUGUUGUAUUCACAUUGGCUAAGGAAUUCUUACACCCAGUUUCCUUCGACUUAAUGACGCCAAUUAAAAAACUGUGAAAAUCA